AGGUUCAGACCGGCUCGGCGUGACAGGAAAAUGUAUCAGAAAAUGUUUUAAAACUCGUGGUGGCGGUCGGGGUCCUAGUGUUAACGAUCCAGUUCUUGCAGUACUGGAUGGGGAGCAAAAAAUAUGUUUUUAAUAAAGAAGAUGUCGCGAAGCUGGCCAAACAGUAUGCAGGACUGGAUCAUGAGCAGGCGUUCUCGAAGGUGGUCGUUGAGCUGAGGAAGAAGUACCCUGGUCACAUCCUGCCAGAUGAGGACCUGCAAUGGGUGUUUGUUAAUGCUGGAGGGUGGAUGGGCUCCAUGUGUCUGCUUCAUGCCUCAGUCACUGAAUAUGUCUUGCUCUUUGGAACAGCAGUGGAUACCAGCGGACAUUCAGGUCGCUACUGGGCUGAAAUUUCGGACACCAUUAUUUCUGGAACAUUUAGACAAUGGAAAGAGGGGACUACAAAGAGUGAGGUGUAUUAUCCAGGUGACACUAUCGUCCACGUGGUGGGCGAAGCAGCUUCGGUGCAGUGGAGCGCCGGGACAUGGAUGGUGGAAUACGGGCGGGGUUUCAUUCCUUCCACAUUGGGGUUUGCGUUGGCUGACACAGUGUUCAGCACACAGGACUUCCUCACACUCUUUUACACCGUUCGAGUGUAUAUCAAAGGCAUGCUCCUAGAAACCAACACAUACCUCACCGAGGCUGGGUUCUUUUAAACUCCCUGUGAAGUAAACCACCAAGUAAACUGCCAUGUGUUUUUAAUGUUUGUUGUGGGUUAUUCUGAAGACAAUAAAAUUUCCAGUUUUUUUGUCAUGUUAUGAGUAUCGGGGCCCACUCAGGUUUUUAAAUUCCUUUGGGUGGAAGACUGUGUUCAACUACCAGAUGUGGCACUGCUGUUAGACACUUGAGCAAGGUACUUCACUCGGAUUGCUUCAGUAAAAUACUCAGCUGUAUAAAUAGGAAUAAGUCACUUUUGAUAAAAUCUAUAAAUUAAAAAUAAUUACAGAGGUGGGGCCCGCAAACACUUUGUGCCUGAAAAACCACUGUUUGCAAAAAUGUGCAUCUCUAUUACAGAGGACAGUUAGCCCUAAUGAAAAAAUAUAGAAUGGAAAAAUAAAAUCCCUUAUUUAACAGACUAAGCCACCUUGUAUGGUUUAAUUCUUCAGCAUGGUUUCUCAGGCUCCAUUCAGAACAGCUUUUCAUUGGUACAACCCCCUGAGGCUUAAAACUACUGUUACAUUGUAGGUGGCAUUGAGCAAUGUCUGUCUCUCAGUGGAAGCAGAUUGUUUGAAUAAUGAAGCUCAAAACACCUUUGAUGUUGAUGUGCCCUGAGGGCCAAUGUAAUAGACAGUUAGCCAUUUAUCUACAGGAAAAACAUGACCUACUGUCUUUGAUUAUAUAUGCAGUCUAGUACCAAGGAAACAAUUUGUUUGAAUGAGUAAUAGAAAAUGGUUACUAUACAAUGUUUUCUUGUUUGAACAUUGGUCCUGAUAGAAAACUUUGGAGAAUCAUCUUUGGAAUACCUAUUAUUAUUUCUCAGGAUCUCGGUUUGACUUACUUUCCCAAAAACACUGUGUAGACACUUAUAAAAAUCUUAUUGCAAUGUUUUAUUACACUGUGUAUGAAGUAAUCAAAAUAUAAUUUCUAUGCAGUGCAUAGGUCACUUAGGCAUUUUUGUAAUUCUCAUUUUUUUAAUUGUUUUUUCUAUCCAGAAUUAAAGGUGAUAUACACAGCCUAAUCCAGAUUUGUCAGUGUAUUUCACAUCUGAGAGUUACUUGUGACUUCCCAGAACAUUUGUCUUCAACAAAUGUUUAGCUAUUGUUAUUUACAAACCUUAGUUGAAGGCCUUAAUUUGUAUUAUAGUUUUUAAUAUUUCAUACAAUCUGUUAACUACAAUAUGAGUGCAGCCUGCAGUUAAGAUAUCUGAAUUAACCUAAUCUUAUUCAAGGUUAUUAUGGCCUCUUGUGACAAUAUUAGUAGAUUUUAACCAGCUGCACUGUUGUUUGUAUAAUUGAAUGUUAUUUUGUAAAACUAAGAAAUGUUUAACAUAUUGCAUCAAGCAUCUAUGUAUAUCAAAACAUUUAGGCUCACUCUUGAAGGGAAAUAACUAAUAAAAUGCUCAUUCAUACAUA